GAAUGCCAGACAAACCUGAGUCACUGAGAGAGAGAGAGACGUCUCUUGCCACUCACUCACUAUCUCCCCUUCCCUCCCAUGUGUGCGCACACACACACCUGAGCUGAAAGAAAACUUCUCUUUCCCCACUCUCACUUGCCCAAGUGCUAUUUGCCCAGCUAUUAUAGCAAUCCAACGCUUCCAUAUGUCUCGGGUGGAAGAAGACAGCCUGAAGGAGCACUGAAGGAAAAGCAAGAGCAACAGGAAAAGAGAGAGAGAGAGAGAAGGGAGGGGGAAAGGUGGAAGGCAAGGUCUGCUCCAUAGAAGCCAGGCGCCCUGCAGAGGAAGAAAAGAAUGGACAAGCUACUCCAAAAGUCAUUGCCCAGGUUUCUUCUAUUAUCAUUGCUUUAUAGCAUCAUCCAAGCAAACGAAGUUAACCGCUGCACAGCUUCCAGAGCUGAAAGUUGUACCAUGUGUAUCCGAGUGAGCAAGGAUUGCUCCUAUUGCACUGAUGAGAACUUCAAAAAGACCCGCUGUGAUUUCAGAGAAAAUCUAAUGAGACAUGGUUGUGGUGAAGGAAGCAUAGUAGUCAUGAAAGGAGAAAUGUUAACAGUACAGGAAUUUCACAUUGAUACAUCUCUGAAGAAAACCCAAGUGUCCCCACAGAACGUAGCCAUGAGGCUGAGAGCUGGAGAGGAAGCUAGCUUUUCCAUGGAUGUCUUUGAGCCCACUGAAUCUCCCGUGGACCUCUACAUUCUCAUGGACUUUUCUUAUUCCAUGUCUGAUGAUUUGGACAACCUUAAGAAAAUGGGCCAGAAACUUGCAAACUUCUUGCAGGACUUGACUUCUGACUAUACUAUUGGCUUUGGCAAGUUUGUGGACAAAGUUACAGCCCCGCAGACCGACAUGAGACCCACAAGGCUGCGUGAGCCCUGGACUGAUGCUGACCCUCCCUUCUCCUUUAAGAAUGUCAUCCGGCUGACUCAUAAUAUUGAUAAAUUCAGUAAUGAAUUAAUGAAGGAGCGAAUCUCGGGCAACCUGGAUGCCCCAGAAGGUGGAUUUGAUGCCAUAUUGCAAACAGCUGUUUGCAAAGAGAAUAUUGGCUGGCGGAAUGACAGCACUCAUCUCCUGGUGUUCUCCACUGAGUCGGCCUUCCAUUAUGAAGCUGAUGGUGCCAAUGUCCUUGCUGGUAUUCUGAGGAGGAACGAUGAAAGGUGUCACCUGAACAGAGCAGGAACUUACACCUUUGACACCAAGCAGGACUACCCUUCUGUGCCUACCCUUGUGAGACUCCUGGGGAGGAGUAACAUCAUCCCCAUAUUUGCCGUCACCAACCACUCCUACGAUUACUAUGAGAAGCUGCACACAUAUUUCCCAAUCUCUGAAAUUGGAAGACUACAGGAAGACUCCUCUAAUAUUGUGGAAUUGAUCAAAAUGGCUUUUGACCGCAUUCGCUCCAAGAUGGACAUUCGGGCUUAUGACACCCCCAAAGCUAUGAAAACAGAAAUAACAUCCAUGAAGUAUGAAAAGACAGAGUCUGGUUCAUUCCAGGUUGUUCGUGGCGAAGUGGGAACAUUCAAUGUUCGUGUGAAAGCCCAUGAGAAUGUGGGUGGAGAGCAUGUCUGCAAUCUUCCAGAGAAGGACCGGAAAGGUGUUAUUCAUGUUAAGCCUUCCUCUUUCAGUCACAAAAUGGAGAUUGAUGCUUCAGUCAUUUGUGAUGCCUGCCCAUGCGAAAAGCAACAGGAAGUUAAUUCUGCUAGGUGCAACUUCAAUGGGAACUUUGUCUGUGGACAGUGUGUUUGUAAUCCUGGCUGGCGAGGAGAAGUCUGUAACUGCUCUUCCUCUUCCUCUACUGACAAUGCGGCUUGUAUAAGACCUGGAGAUACAGAGCCUUGCUCAGGUCAAGGAGAGUGUUUGUGUGGGGUUUGUCAAUGCUACCCUGAUCAUCAGAUCCAGCGCUUUGAGGGACAGUUUUGUGAAUUUGACAACUUACAAUGUCCCCGCACAUCUGGAUUCCUCUGCAAUGACCGAGGUCGCUGCUACAUGGGCCAGUGUGCAUGUGAAAGUGGUUGGGAAGGUCCUGGUUGUGAAUGUCCCACAAGCAAUGAAACUUGCAUCACGAGCAACGGGAUGAUCUGCAACGAACGUGGAAGAUGUGAAUGUGGUCGAUGUAUCUGUAAUAAUCCCACUCCUUUUACUGGACCCACCUGCGAAAUCAGUGACUUGGGCUUUGCACGUGUGUGUAGAGAAGAUUUUCGAACCUGUGUGCAGUGUCAGGCAUGGGGGACUGGUGAGAAGAAGGGAAAGAAAUGUGCAGAUUGCCCUUUCAAGAUCCGGCUUGUGGAUGAGUUGGAACAAGAGAAGGAUAUAAAUGCAGUUUGCUCCUUCCAAGAUGAAGAAGAUGACUGCAUUUACCGCUAUGCCAAGAUAGAGGAUGCCAACCCAGAAAACAAUGGCACUGUUUUUGUGCAAAGGAAGAAAGAGUGCCCACCAGGAAGCUUUCUCUGGCUUAUCCCCUUGCUCAUUUUGCUGAUGCUUCUCCUGGGACUGCUGUUGUUACUAUGUUGGAAGUUCUGUGCUUGUUGUAAGGCUUGCCUGGCUCUGCUCCCCUGUUGUGCACGAGGUCGCACGGUUGGUUUCAAGGAGGAUCACUAUCUGCUCAGGCAGAGUCUCAUGACUUCAGAUCACCUGGAUACCCCUAUGGUGCGCAGUGGCAACAUGAAAGGCAGAGACACUGUCCAUUGGAAGAUCAAAAACAACGUGCACAAGCAAGACUUCUCUCCCUUACCUCCCAAUCCUGGGGAUCUGAUUCAAUAUGGCCUGUCCCUCAGAUUGGCCCGACUCUUCACCCCAAACCUUGCAAAACCACAUAGCCGUGAAUGUGAGCAACUGCAGAAGGAUGUGGAGGAAAAUCUUAAUGAGGUUUAUCGAACUAUCCCAGGUGCCCACAAAUUCCAGCAGACAAAAUUCAGGCUACAGCCAAAUGCUGGGAAAAGACAAGACCAUACAAUUGUGGACACUGUGCUCCCUGCUCCCCGCUCAGCUAAGAAUGAAAUUGUGAAAGUGACAGAAAAGCACAUUGCACAAGAGGCUUUCAAUGAUCUGAAAGUGGCUCCUGGUUAUUAUACUGUCAUUGCUGAUCAAGAUGCCAAUGGCCUGGUAGAGUUUCAGGAAGGAGUGGAGCUUGUGGAUGUGCGGGUUCCUCUCUUCAUCAGGGAAGACGAUGAUGAUGAAAAGCAGCUGCAAGUGGAGGCCACAGAUGUGCCAGUGGGAACUGCAGAGCUCCGACGUCGGCUGGUGAACAUCACCAUAAUAAAAGAACAAGCCAACAGCAUCAUCAGCUUCCUGCAGCCAGAAUAUACCUACAGUCGUUUUGACAAGGUGGCUAAGAUUCCUGUUCUUCGUGAGAUAUUGGACAAUGGGAAGUCUCAGAUAACAUACAGGACACGAGAUCUCACUGCCCAGGAUGGCAAAGAUUACAAUUUUGCAGAAGGUGACUUAGUUUUUCUGCCUGGGGAGAAGCGGAAGGAAGUGCAGGUGAAAUUGUUGGAGCUGACAGAGAUCGAUGCUCUUCUUCACAAUCGGCAGCUGAAACAGUUUGUGGUGGAUCUAAUCAACCCCAGGUUUGGUGCAAAGGUUGGCAAAUACCCACAGACGAUGGUGACAAUCGCUGAUCCAGAAGCUAUAGGUGAAGUGCCACCAGCAGUAAGUACACGUCAAGUUCAGCAGUCUCCCAAAGGCUUGCUUGGAGCCCCACUUAAUCCAAAUGCACAAGCAUUAAGCUCUAGGAAGAUCCGCUUCAACUGGUUACCUCCACCUGGCAAACCUGCAGGAUACAAGGUGAAAUACUGGAUCCAAGGGGACCCAGAAUCGGAGGCCCACCUGCUUGAUUCCAAAGUGCCAUCUGCAGAGUUGACCAACCUGUACCCUUACUGUGAUUAUGAGAUGCGGUCUUGUGCCUACAAUGCCCUGGGCGAGGGACUUUACUCUGAAGUGGUCCACUGCCGCACACUCGAGGAAGUUCCUAGUGAGCCUGGGCGUUUGGCUUUCAAUGUAAUCUCUUCCACGGUGACACAGCUGAGCUGGGCUGAGCCUGCUGAGCCUAAUGGGGUGAUCACAGCCUAUGAAGUUGGCUAUGGGCUUGUCAAUGAGGGAAACCGACCUAUUGGGCCAGUAAAGAAAGUCAUGGUGGAAGACUACAAGAAGCGGAUGGUUCUGAUUGAAAACUUAAGGGAAUCUCAGCCCUAUCGCUAUACAGUGAAGGCUAAGAAUGGAGCUGGAUGGGGGCCUGAAAGAGAAGCGACUAUGAACUUGGCCACACAACCUAAGCGCCCUAUUUCCAUUCCCAUCAUACCUGAUGUGCCCAUAAUCGAUGCUGAAGGUGGAGAAGAGUAUGACAGCUACCUCAUGUACAGUGCAGAUGUCAUGCGCUCACCUAGUGGUAGCAAACACCCCAGUGUCUCGGAUGAUUCUGGCUCUAGGUGGAAAUAUGUGCAGCUGCUGGGGGAUGAGCUGGACCUUCGUCGUGUCGCCUGGAGGCUCCCAGCAGAACUGAUCCCUCGUUACUCGGACAGCAGCUGCUUUUCUUCAGACACAGAGGGGCUCCUUCAGGAGGAUAACACUCCCUCUGUGCUAGUCGGCAGUGGAGCACCCAUCAGCAGUUUGCCAAGAAGUGGGACUCCCCGGCCCCAACCAGAACACAUGUUGAAUGGUCGAAUGGAUUUCAAUUACCCUGGAAGUAUUGGAAGCCUGACCCGGAACACGACUUCCAGCUACAACCAUCUAAGUCCACACAUGCACCAUGAGAGAAGGGUCAUAGAAAACUCAUCUCUGACAAGGGAGUACACCUCAAUGGUGUCUGGGCAAGACCAGUCCAGAAGGAUAUUUCCUCCCAUGCAUGAGGAUGCUGGUAGGAUAGUUCCAAUGCCACAGGAUGUGGUCUUCAGGAGGGCAAGGGUGAAGGGUUACAAUGAUGACACUGAUGCUCGGGAAUCUAUAGUCAUAACUGAUGGGCCCUCUUGGAUUUCCAGCUACCUAGGCAUGUCAGAGCAAGGCACACAGUCCAGGGUGCAUUAUGCCAUUCCCCAGAAGGCCAGGGGCCGCACUCACUCCGAAGAUGUCCGUGAAGCACUGAGCAACCUGGAGACAGUGCUUCAGGAUUCCAGGAUGCAGCAGGGUGUUCCUGACACUCCCACCCGCUUGGUGUUCUCGGCCCUGGGGCCCACCUCACUGAAAGUCAGCUGGCAGGAGCCGCACUGUGACAAACAACUGCAAGGAUACAGUGUACAGUACCAGCUUCUCAACGGAGGAGAAAUACGGAGGCUGACUCUCCCCAAUCCCAAUCAGAAUUCUGUUGUGGUGGAUGACCUGCUGCCGAACCACUCCUAUGUCUUCAAGGUGAAGGCUCAAAGUGAUGACGGAUGGGGUCCAGAGCGAGAAGGUGUGAUCACUAUCGAGUCACAAGUCGAUCCACGCAGUCCUCUGAGUCCUGUUCCAGGUUCACCAUUCACCUUGAGCACGCCCAGUGCUCCUGGGCCUUUGGUGUUCACUGCCCUGAGUCCCGACUCUCUUCAGCUGAGCUGGGAGAGACCUCGCCAACCCAAUGGUUUGAUUUUGGGUUACUUGGUCACCUGUGAGACACUGCAUGGUGGAGGAGAACCCAGAAAUAUAUAUGUGGAAGGGGACAAGCCAGAGACCACCCUGACAGUGCCUUAUCUGAGUGAAAAUGUUCCAUAUAAGUUCAAAGUGCAAGCAAAGACCACUCAAGGAUUUGGACCAGAAAGAGAAGGGAUCAUCACCAUUGAAUCUCAAGAUGCAGGUGUAUUCUCUCAGUUUGGAACACAGCAGUUCUCCAGAGAAGAGGUAUACAGCAUCCCCACAGAAUACAACACCCUCACAAGUAUAACUUCUUCCCCACUGGAUCCUUUGUACACAGAUGGCAUGCUGAUGACCACGCAGAGAGUGGAGAGUGGCAGCACUCUCACCAAACAGGUCACCCAAGAGUUUGUCUCCAGAACCAUGAUGUCUAAUAGCAGUGGGACAUUCUCCAGACAGACAGAGAGGCAAUUCUAUGAAGCUUGAGUCAGGAAAGAAAUUGCAAGAGGGUGUUUGACUCUUCACAAGUGGAUGAUUGCAAGCAGGCUGGUUCUAUGGUCCGCUUCCAGACUCAGAAGGACAUGACGUGUGAUGCAUUGCAUCAGUUCUCAAAGCAAUUGCAGUUCCUUUCGAAAUGCCAAUGGGUGGAGGCUGCAUGUGGCCCAGGCGGGACACUAUGAACAAAGCUUUUAGCAAGACGCUUGGCUACCAAGGGCUUUGGGUUAGAUCUGUUUUGAGUCAUGUUCUUGACCGUCUCAUGCUUUGCUUUUCGCUGUUCUUACCUGUUUGACUGCACAGGACUCAAUUUGUUCCUAACUCUCAAAUCCCCAUCCUAUUUUUUCUAGUUGUAUUUUAAAAUUCAAUCCAUUCCCAAGUUUCCUUUCUUUCUCACUCCAAAUCUCUAGACAUAGCUCCUCUGUGUCAAUACCAUUAUCCUGUUCCCCCCUCCCAAAAGAAGUGCUAUGCUCUUGGACAAAAAGCCAUACCUAUUCUAAAUUUGUCAUUUUUAUAAAUGCACCCCUUGUAGUCAGGGGGUAGUGUGUUAUUUGUGUUCUUUUCCUACACGUGUCAGCAAAAACCCUUUGUCUAUAGUUUGGUAUUGAUAUGACUAAUUAGAACAUUCAUUUGCAUAGCAUUACCUACAAUGCUUUAUAGUGCAAUCCUAUCUUAUUAUGUAGGAGCCCCCGGUGGCACAAUGGGUUAAACUCUUGUGCCAGCAGGACUUAAGACCAACAGGUCAGAGGCUUGAAUCCAGAGAACGCGGAUGAGCUUCCUCUGUCAGCUCCAGCUCUCCAUGCGGAACAUGAGAGAAGCCUCCCACAACGAUGGUAAAACAUCCGGGCGUCCCCUGGGCAACGUCCUUGCAGACAGCCAAUUCUCUUACAUCAGAAACGACUUGCAGUUUCUCAAGUCACUUCUGACACGAUAAAAAAUGUAGUUUGCCUAAUAUGCACAAUUUGGAGGGCUGUUAUUUUAUGCAGAUUGUCUUACCACCAGCUUCCUUUGUUAGGGAUGUGCAUAUCUCAUGGCAUUACAGUCUUGCCAGAAGAAGCCCUUAAAAAUGAUCUGGGGAUUCUAACCAAUGAGGCUUUUACCGUGGAAUCUGCCUUGUCCUUGGAGUGUUAUAGAUGACUCAGACAUCAUUUUCUAUUCUUCUAGCCCUAUGUUUUCCCACAGCUUCUUCCAAACCAAAGAAAAUCUAUUAAGGAAAAGCUGGGUGAGCUAGAUGGUGUUUUUUCACUGAUAAUGCUAGGAGCUGCCAACUUAAAAACAUUUUAAACCAAAAUCCACAUUACAGUUGCCAUUGAAUUCCAGUUGUAAUUCUCCCUGCCUUGCUCCAAGUUGGCAGUGCCAACAGGUCUAUUUCAUUGGUGUAUAUCAGUGCCAUGGGCUUUAGCCCAAGUAUAACAAAGUUCUGUCAUACUGUCUGCUCUUCUUUCUUCCUCACAAGAUACAACAACUUUAAUCUAAAUUAUGUAGGCUGCAUCUUUUGGAACUUCUAUAACACAUGUUACUGUGGUGUUAGUGGUUUGAGUAUCAGUCUACAACUCUAGGGAAUACGGUUCGAAUCCCUGCUGAAACAUGAAACCUACUGGGUAAUCUGAGGCAAGUCACACUCUCUCAACCUCAAAGGAAGGCAAUGGCAAAUCUUUUCAGAACACAUUUUGCCAAGAAAACCCUGUGAUAGCACCUUAGAACCACCGUAUGUCAGAAAUGACAUGAAGGCACCCAACAACAACAAACACAAGAUUUCUAUUCCUGCACCGUUUAGGUAGUUAUAUGGACACUACAAGUGGCUGGGCACAUCUAUAUUUAACAAAGUCCAUUCCAUUCCUUCCCUGUCUUGCCUAAUAGAAUCAAGUUGAACAGGAAUCAACAAGGCAGGAGUGGCUAACCAGAGAUUGGUAAAGAAUUUUAUGUGCAGAUCCAGACAGGAAUUUAAUACAUGGAAACCAAAGCAGAAAAAACAAUGCUCCUGGCUUUGAUACAGCCACUGAGUUUCCAAUAUGGAGUGACUGUUUCACCUUCCUUAGAAUGGAAAAAAGUAGUGUUUUCUUAUAUGAAUGUUUUUAUUUAUUUAUAUGUAUGCAAAUUUAACAAACAAGCCAGAUGGUACAAUCUCCCAGGGUUUUAUGCUCGCGCUUUUCUCCUUGCUUGGAAGCCAUCCAAAAUCUAGAGGAAAGACUCCCAGCUGAACUCUACUGAAGGAGAUUGCCACGUUGUGCAUUUUGCAGCUUUGGAAUAAUGUCGCUUCCAAUUUUUGUAUGGCUAUUGCAAAAAGGAGAUGUUUUCAAACCCUUUCCAGCAGAACAAACAGGUUCUAUGCUGAGAAAAUCUAAUGCAAGUGCGUUUCCUAAAAUACAGUUAACCAAUCUUCACAAAGUAAUGCCCAAUGUGCAAUAGAUAAACUGGGCAUAUACCCUACACCUUAUUCCAGAAUCCUUUGCAAUGCACAUUGUUGCUAUAGAUUUUUGUUUCCUUGAAAGAUAAAAGAUUGAAUACCAUGGUCUUUACAAAUGUUAACACUUCUACCACAAUUCAGACCAAGCUGAUCUUUCUCUUUCAUUUCUCUUUUGACAAUACUAGCACCAAGAUUUCUUGCAUAUGAAUUUGUGCAAUCCAAAUGAAUCUUAAAAAUAUAUAAGCUCAAGGUGAAGGUUGUUUGGGCUGGGUUCAAAAAACCAGGUAACGGGUGCUCUUAUUUUCUGUCUCUUGGAAUCUCAUUUUGGAUGUUAUUGCAAACUGCUUCAUAGCAACAGUGUGAGUCUAUAAAAUUUCCCAGGUCAUCUUUCCAAAGGAGAUGAUUUCUUUGUAUAUCUAGACAUCUAAAACCAGCAAAUAAGUUACUUCAUGGUUACUUUAUAUACAACCCUGAAUCAAGUAUUUUAUUAGAAAGGGCUAUCUACAGAAUGUACUCAAACAUCCUUCUGUAAAGUCACCUUGUUACCACCAGUUACAAUUACAUGCUGCGCAUUAGAGUGCUUUUUACUCAAGGAGCCCCACAGGCCUUAAUAUUAACCAAAGAGCCCAUUUAAAGGGGAAAUUGGGCCAGACAUCAGCAGAGCAGUGGUUCUAAUGCCAGUUUUAAAAGGGAAUGUGUUUUCUGCUCACAUAAAGGAAGAAACACAAUAGAAUAUAAAUUAUAUUUUUGUUGCCUGUUAUGGCUUACAGAAGUUGGUGGCAUUUAAUACGUAUGUGGUGUGAAUAAUAAAACAGUCUAACAGCUGGUAUUCUGGACCAGAUGGCUUUCUAUUGCACUUAAUAAACAUUUUCUCUUUGAUUCCA